AUGGAGCAGCUGCAUGACUCGGAUGAGGGAUUACAGAUAGAAGACGACCUCGUGAACAUCGACGAAGACGCCCAGGUGGGGAACGAGAGCAGCAUCGAAACCAGUCUCGAAGAGCCAGGAGAUUACAACCAAGAUGGCGCGGAGGCAAGGAAUGCGGCAGAAAGAAAUGAUCCCGAAGGGGAACAUGAUAUUUGGCAUGAAGAGCAAGGAGACGACGACGCAGACGACGUUGAAGUGAGGAUCGAGAAGGAAAGGAUCAAUCUUGAGAAAGAACACGAGAUCCGUCCCCAAGAGCACGGAGAUGUUUCCGAAGAAGAAGAUCCCGAAGUCUGCAACGACGCGCAGGCUGCUGGAGUUCAACCGAUCCAUCAAGCACGUGACGAAGUAGCCGAGUUACUACUGCAUCUACAAUAG